GAACCGUGAGGUGGCCGCCAUCUUGCGUACGGAGUUACGGCUUGUCGCCCCGAUCAACAGGGUUGGCUUUUUAGGCCUUCCGGCACCUGUUUAGGGGCAGUGUGUCCGCGUUUGCCUUUCCUUUUUGCAGAGCGCUUUCUAGAAGGUUUUUAUUAGGAGGUAAAGGUCAAUGCAGAGCUGUAGAGUAAGGGCUCCGAUUUAAAAUAUCAGCUCUCCGUGAUAUGGUUUAUUUGCUCCUCAGAUGCCUUAUGGAGAGAUGGAAGUGAAAUCCUUGGGUCAUGGAGAAGAACUCGUCAGUGGACCACACUACAAAAGACUGAAACCAACUGAGGAGUCCUGGGUUUUCUCCCAUCAUGCUGGAGCUGACUUCUGCAGAAUCCAGGAGAAAACUGGGAAUGAUUGGGUCCCUGUAUCCACCGUUGAUUUCAAAGGAGCUGGUCCUCCUCAGGGGGACAAAAGCAAAACUGCGGAUCUGUUGAAGCCUUUGCAUGACGCGGAGCCUCGAAGCAGACCAGAGGCUAUUGAACGCGUUGAGUCACCAGUUCCAAAGGAUGCAAGUCUCCCAGUAACAUCCAGAGACGACGGGAUAUAUAGUACAAGUAAAGCAUUUAUAGGCCCCGUUUACAAGCCCCCUGAGAAAAAGAAAUGCAGUGAAAGAAGGAACCAGGCAGACACCAUCCAUGGUGAAAAUGACAAAGGAGGACAAGAAAAGAAACACAAAUCUAACUCCAAAAAAUCUGAGAUUGACCAGGAGUUAUUCCAGUUUUACAAAGAAAUUGAGGAGCUUGAAAAUGAACAAGAUGAUUUGGAAAGCCAUUGUCAGGAGCCCGAACCCUCUCGGGAACAGCUGGCUCCGUAUUACCAGGACCAUCGUAAGGAUCUGUUAAGAUCUGAUGACAAAGAGAAAGGAGAGCUUAGGAACGCUCCUCUGUUACAUUGCAGGUAUCAGGAGUACUUGGGGACUGAACCAGGCAGGUACCCCUGUGACGGACAAGCAGUACCUACAUUUUGUGAUAUUUCGUUUACUUCCUUCAGGCCCGAAUGGCAGUCGAUGCCUUCUUUUAUAGUACCCCGUGGUCCUCUUCCUCCUCCUCUUCCUAGUUUUAACUAUCAUUUAGAUCCUCAGAGAUUUAAUCCUCCACCAAAGCCACUGUCAAGUAUCUUCCACACCCAGGAUGAGUCUCAGCUGCACAAUGGAUGUUAUAUAAAUAGUUGUCCCGUUAGCUGGCCUUGUCUGACUUCUGACCAGGAUGAUAAGUACGCUGACUCUCGUGAGAGUAGCAGCUUUGUCCAUCCUCCCAGAGAUGACUGCCGAGUGCACAAUGGACGUGUGAGCAAUGGUUUCUGUGAAGCCAGAGAAGAAUUCUGGAGAGACCCUCCCGUGGACCCGUGGAAUGGAACAGACGUGUUUAUGAACCAGGAGUUUCAGGAGGAAAAGCUGCAUAAAUUGGAGAAGUUACUUAUCCUUUUAAGAGGCCUGCCUGGUUCUGGGAAAACAACAUUGUCUCGAAUUCUGCUUGGUCAGAGUCGUGAUGGCAUUGUGUUCAGCACUGAUGACUAUUUUCUCUAUCAAGAUGGGUACAAGUAUAAUGUUAAUCAACUCGGUGAUGCCCAUGACUGGAACCAGAACAGAGCGAAACAAGCUAUUGCUCAGGGGCGAUCUCCAGUUAUAAUAGACAACACUAACACGCAAGCUUGGGAGAUGAAGCCAUACGUGAAGAUGGUAACUAUGAGAUACGAGAGGGCGUCUGCUGUUUGCCGUGCUCUGUUUGUCUGUUGUGCUUGUUUCCAGAGAGGUUUAUUGGUCUGCCUCGUUCUGUAAAAAUUGAUAGUGGUGCUUAUUAAAGAAUCUGCGCAUCUUGUUAGUUCUGCCUGGACCUGAGGACGGUAAUUGGGGUUCAUCCAGUUGGAAUGUUUACAAAAUGUAUU